GGCACAGCAGCCCACUCCAGGAUUCUAUUCUCUCCAGCCAGUCUUCAUUACUCAGGUCUCAGAAGCAGCCAUGGCAGCAGUACCUGAACCCACCAGUGAGAUGAUGGCUUACUACAGCGAUGAGAAUUCCCUGUUCUUCGAGGCUGAUGGACCCGAAAAGAUGAAGGGCUGCCUCCAAAACCUCAGUCACAGAUUUCUGGGAGAUGAGGGCAUCCAGUUGCAAAUCUCCCACCAGCUUGACAGCAAGAGUCUUAGGCAUGCCGCGUCAGUCAUUGUGGCUAUGGAGAAGCUGAAGAACAUAUCUUUUCCAUGCUCAAAGCCCCUGCAGGAUGAUGACCUGAAGAGCCUCUUCUGCUGUAUCUUUGAAGAAGAACCCAUCGUCGGUGACUCAUGGGAUGAUGGCUUUGUGACUGAUGUGGCCCUACAGUCACGGAACUGCACAUUCCAAGACGUAAAACACAAGAGCCUGGUGCUGUCUGGCUCCUAUGAGCUUCGGGCUCUCCAUCUCAAUGGACAGAAUAUGAACCAACAAGUGGUGUUCUGCAUGAGCUUUGUACAAGGGGAGGAAAAUAGUAACAAGAUACCAGUGGUGCUGUGCAUCAAGAAAAAUAAUCUGUACCUGUCCUGUGUGAUGAAAGACGGGAAACCCACCCUGCAGCUGGAGAUGUUAGACCCCAAAGUUUACCCAAAGAAGAAGAUGGAAAAGAGAUUUGUCUUCAACAAGAUAGAAAUCAAGAACACAGUGGAAUUUGAGUCUUCCCAGUUCCCCAACUGGUACAUCAGCACCUCUCAAGCAGAAGAAAUGCCUGUCUUCCUAGGAAAUACCAAAGGUGGUCAGGAUAUAACUGAUUUCAUCAUGGAAAUCUCUUCCUAAAGAGACCUGUAUCCAGAGAGUCCAAAUGUGCUGAAUAACCCCUGCUGGCUGGUGGAAGAGGAAUAGAAGGGUUAAAACAUGGCCUCGGGCUGAACUUCACUCUUACCUAAUCAAUGCACAGCUGCCUUUCUUAAAUCACUGCUAAGAUCUGUCCCCCAGCCUGGAGGAGCAACCCCCUCUUCCCAGGGCCAGUCCUCACUCCCCUCUGCUUUAGCCAGGCGUCUCUCAUUUCUUCUACUCCCUCAAAGCCACACUGGCACAAAUCGUUACACAUUCGGUUCCAAGAAAUCCUCUGUCCUUUGUGCCCCGCUUCUGAUGAACAGCCUCUUAACUAUUUAUUUAUUUAUUUAUUGGUGGGUUAGUCUAUUUAACAAAGUCAAGAGGGCCAAGAUGCAUCAGUGUCUGUGAAGAGCCCAGUCUUCAAUAUCUGUGAAAUUAAUUUAAUUUGCACUAGUGCACCAUCUUUGUAACAAGUCCUUUCAGCAAGGCUGAAAAAUGUAUAAGCUCAGAUUGUUUACAUAGGAAUAUUUAUGAAUGAUUAAGUAUGAGCAGUCUGCUUCAAUGAUUCUGAAAUAAACUUUGCUGAAAAAAUAA